AUGGGCGACUUCAAACUGCAGCUCGAACCUUCGGACAAAAUCGUCUUCAGCGGUAAAAAACUUGGUGAGGAAGCAGCGCAGGCGAGUAUCAAGAUCACUAAUUCGCUGAAGGAGAGAGUCGCUUACAAGGUAAAAUGCACAUCAAACGAAAUGUUUCGCAUUCGGCCACCUGUUGGAGCUCUAAAACCCGACGAUAGUGUCACUGUUUCGUUGACUUUCAACGCCGGCAAAAGUGUUCCUGAUAGUGGCAAGCACUAUUUUGCUGUUUAUUAUAUCAAGGCUCCCGAUGAAAAGAAGGCUCCUAGAGCAACGUGGGCCGAUCACAAAGGGGAACCGGAGGGAACAAAACGCCUUUACAUAGACUUCAAAAAG